AUGCUUGCUGAUAAGGAAUCCCUGGCCGUGGGCACCAAUAUCCUCGUCUUUGGGAGGAGGGUGGAAGCCCAUGUGGUGCUGAGGUACAGCCUUCUGACUAACUCUUGGACGACAGGAGAGAUGAUGAACACGCCGAGGUGCUUGUUUGGCUCGGCAAGCUUCGGUGAGAAGGCUAUUGUGGCUGGUGGUAUUGGUGAGAAUGGUACGUUGAGCUCUGCUGAACUUUAUGAUUCUGAGAUGCAGACAUGGACCACUCUUCCAAGCAUGAACAGGGCACGGCAGAUGUGCUCUGGUUUCUUCAUGGAUGACAAGUUCUAUGUCAUUGGUGGGAAAGCUGAGAGACACAAUGAGGUCCUUAGUUGUGCUGAGGAGUUUGAUUUGGAGAAUGGCACCUGGCGCUUGAUCCCAGACAUGGCACAGGGCCUUAAUGGUGGAAGCGGUGCUCCGCCUCUUGUUGCUGUUGUGAAUAAUGAACUUUAUGCUGCUGACUAUGCAACAAAGGAGGUUAGAAAAUAUGACAAGGAAAAUAAUGCCUGGAUCACUCUUGGAUUGUUACCUGGGAGGUAUACAUCAGUUCAUGGCUGGGGCAUUGCUUUCCGUAGUUGUGGAGAUAUGCUCAUUGUAAUUGGUGCAAUGAGUGUUGGUGGUGGCGGGGUGAUUGAAAUUUGUUCCUGGGUACCCAAUAAUGAACCGCCUGAUUGGAAGAUCAUUGGCACCCGCCGUUCCGGAAGCUUUGUGUACAAUUGUGCUGUGAUGAGUUGUUGA